UUUCCUGUCAUAUAGGUACACUAGCUUCGGCUGAAACAUUUAUAGACAUGGUCACCGUGCGAUGGGAGAAGAGCAGACAGCUUCAUAUUUGGAGUCUGGUCUCAACUCAAGAUGGCGGGCAUCGGUAACUUCAUCCUCCUGUUUGUAAACUUUGCUCUCCUGGAAGCUACAAACCCAAAUUGUACAUAUAACACCUGGAAUCUCCUCUCUUGUUCAUGGAUUUCCAAAAAUCAGUUUAUUGCCAACAAGUGUUACAUAAGUGUCUCUAGUCUCAGACGUGUCUCUGGCUCCUGUUUACUACCAUCUGGAAAUAAUCCUCGAAGAUGUAAAAUCCAUCUAAAUAGACCAGAGGCAUUUACUGUUGGUAGUCAAGUAAACAUAAGUGUGAGCUGUUCCACGAAGGAAGUAGGAAACAAAAGCGUGGAGUCCAUUGUUUACUUCCCAUAUGAAAACCUGCGUCUGGAUCCCCCUAUGUCUUUGGAAAUCACACCAGCUAAAGAAGGAAUGUGGAACUUGUCAUGGAGCUGUCACCAUAGUUCUUAUGUCACAAACCUCAGGGAGUAUGAAGUUAACUACAAGCCUAAGUCAAGUCCCCAAAAGGUUGCCAUGACAAUUCCAGUGAGACAAGAUGAACUCUUUGUUCCUCUUCGUGAUCUUGUUCCUGAUACAAUCUAUGAAGCCAAGGUGCGUGUAAAGAACAAACGUGGCAUAUGGAGUGAAUGGAGCCAGCCUUACCAAUGGACCACUCAUUCUAGAGAAACAACUGGUUCCAGAUUCCCUGUUCAAGAGGUGGUGAUUCCAUGUGUUGGACUUGUUAUCAUCUUUAUGUGCAUUACAUUGAUAAUUAGUCGCACACAAGAUAGGGUCAAGAAAAUAUUUUGGGUUGGCGUUCCUGAUCCAUCGCAAUUCUUUGACCCCUUAAUUUCUAAGUAUGGGGGGAAUUUUCAGAAAUGGCUGUCAUCACCAUUUUCUCUAUCUUCAUUUACUCUGGAUGUCCCUCCAUUGGAUAUCUCCCCAGUGGACUUUAAGUGUAAUAAAGAGGAGCCCUUCAACCCUAUUCUCCCUACUGCUCUACAAGAGGCGAAAACAGAUGGGAGUGAGAAUUCGUUUUCCAGCUUCAACAACAAAGAGUACUUCUUUUUCCAGUACCCAGCCAUAAAAGAACAGGGAUCUUCCAAUUGUUACUUUACGUAUGACAACCUAGAACAGAGAGGCUUCCCGGCAAUGUUACAGAGUAUACCAUUUCCCUCCCCAACUGCUCUUGAGGAGACCCCCCUCUUCCAAGGAGACCAUCUAAGUCUUUCAUCAUCUACUGGUCUUGGUUUUCACAACAGGUCAUUUGAAGAAGAACAUUCACCUUCAGUUCUACAGAUUUGUCCACCUGAACAGCAAGACAUAAGGGAACAGGAGCAAAACCUAGAACCCCAUAAGGCUCCAUCUAAUCAAGUUACAGAAAUACCUGAUGACAAGCAAGUGAUAAAUAUAUACGAAGACAAAAAGGAACCAUUAAAUGGAGAAAACAUACGUCCAGAAAUAAAUCAGCAUUCUGCCAUAAACUCACAGAACAGAGAUGUAGCAGCUGGGUAUAUCUCUCUGAAAGAGAUCUAUAACCGAUGGGCCUAAAUAGAGAUACCUUCCAGGAUUAGUAACAAAUACAGACUUGUUUUCUCAUGAUAGGGUAAUGUUUAGGGUGUCUGGAUACAAAAAUUUCUCUAUCUGAGAUAUAGAAUCAUUUAGUUGCAGGAAAUAAGACAGUAAGAAGCAUUAUACAUACUGAAUAUUGAAUGAAAUUUAUAGUAUAUUCUGGACCGUUUGUAGCCUAUGCAACUGAACUGUAAACAUUCUGGAAUAUAUUUGUGGUAUAAAAACACAAAGUAAGCCAGCACUUAAGUGUGACGUUCUUAAGGGAAAAUAUGUUUUACAGUGUAAAACAAAAAUAGCUUGUCGUCAUAUCAUAUUAAUGAGUUGCUGUAGUUACUGGAAGCUUUUCCUUAGGUACAGACUAUAGGCCUUCAUCCAUGCAUCAAAUGCUUGCUGAGUGCUCAAGCAGUCUUGUAAAUAGAAAUACUCUGCUGCAAUCUGAUGCCUCUAUCCAAUUUAAAUUCUUCUGAAAAGAUGGACUUCCAAAUCUCACAACCUUGUGACGCUUCUUAGGGCACACCAGAGGCCACAUAUGGAAUAGAAUAACUGUGCAUGUCAUUAAACUUUCAUUUUUGGAAAUA